CUCCCGUGUCUGGGCUGCCUCUCUCUCUCCUCCAGUGUGUGACAGCAGCCUCCCAGAGAUCUGACGUGUUUUUCGCAUUUCCUGCGCCAGAGAGAGACGCAGCGCAGCCGCGUCGGAGGGUCUGUCUGUGGGGGGAGGCAGCCAGAGGUAUGUCCACCCCGGGAGGAAGUUAGGGAUCAGUGCACGAAACCAGGCCGUGCAGCGAGCACCCAGGAGCCGCUGUCUUCCCUCCUACCGCCGGGACCUGCCCCUCCUCUCCGCUGCGGCUCCAGCUCCGCCGAUGCGCCGCGUCCGGAGCCUCCCACGCCGCCUCACGGUGCCAUGCGACGCGGAGCAGCCACUUCCACGGAGCCCACCGGAGCUUCCGAACCCCUCUCGUGUCCCAAAUGAAGCCGUGACGCACGGACUCACAUCUGGGGCCUUUGGACCUGUUCGCGUUUCCUCCGUGCGCUUCUGAAGGAGGCGUCCACGCGUCACCGCACCGUCUCUGUGCCGCUGCGGUUUUGUUCCCUGUCACUUCUGAGAGGACGUGCGGACACUUGAGGGUGAGAUCACAGCGUCGGCCGGGAGGAGACACAGGGAGGAGCAGCACGGAGCCGCCACUCCGCACGAGGAGCGGCGUGUUGUUGAGGGGGGAGAGGGGACGGGUGCAAACAAGUGUCCGCGCCAUGGUGGUGUUCAACGGGCAGCUGAGGAUCCGGAUCCGCGAGGCGCUGCACCUCAAGCCCACCGCCUGGUCCCUGCGCCACGCCGUCGGCCCCAAGGCGCAGACCUUCCUCCUGGACACGUACAUCGCCCUGAACGUGGACGACUCGCGCGUGGGCCAGACGUGCACGAAGCAGAAGACCAACAGCCCCGCGUGGAACGACGAGUUCACCACGGACGUGCACGACGGGCGCACGGUCGAGCUGUCCGUGUUCCACGACGCGCCCAUCGGCUACGACGACUUCGUGGCCAACUGCAUCAUCCCGCUGGAGGACAUCCUGCACAACGACAGCAAGCACUUCGAGGACUGGAUCGACCUGGAGCCGGAGGGGAAGGUGUAUGUUAUUAUCGACCUGUUGGGAUCUUCCAGUGAAGUUGCAGUCGACUCCAUCGAGAAUGAGGAGCGUGUGUUCCGGCAGCGGAUGCGUCCCAGGAAGCGUCAGGGCGCCGUCCGUCGCAGGGUCCAUCAGGUCAAUGGUCACAAGUUCAUGGCCACCUACCUGAGGCAGCCCACGUACUGCUCCCACUGCAGGGACUUUAUCUGGGGCGUCUUAGGGAAACAAGGCUACCAGUGUCAAGUGUGUACCUGUGUGGUCCAUAAGCGCUGCCAUGAGCUGAUCAUUACCAAGUGUGCUGGGAUGAAGAAGCAGGACGACACAGUUGUGGAGACAGUCGGGUCUCAGAGGUUCAGUGUCAACGUUCCGCACAAGUUCGGCAUCCACAACUUUAAAGUUCUCACCUUCUGUGAUCACUGUGGCUCUCUGCUCUGGGGUCUGCUGCGACAGGGUCUGCAGUGUAAAGUUUGUAAAGUGAAUGUGCACCGGCGCUGUGAGAGUAACGUCGCUCCCAACUGCGGCGUGGACGCCAGGGGAAUCGCAAAAGUCCUCUCGGACCUCGGAUUCACUCCGGACAAGAUCUCCAACAGUGCACAGAGACGCAAGAAGCUUCCUCAGGGUCAGGACCCCCAGCAGCAGAUUUCAGAGACGCCUCAGGCCGAGGACGACCGCUCAAAGUCCGCCCCCACCUCCCCGUGUGACCAGGAUGGGAAGGAGCUGGAGAACAUCAGGAAGGCUCUGUCGUUCGACCACCGCGGGGAGGAGCACAAGACGCAUCCCCUGUCCUCGCCAUCCUCUGUUGCCACGGUAACGGGGGACAAACACCACCACGGAGCACCAGGCAGAGGAGGCGAUGGAGGCGGAGCCAAAGUGGAGGGAGGAGGGAGCCGGGCGAACGGUGAGGUCAAGGGUCACAGUGCUCCAGAGGCCAAGAGGAUGCACCUGCACGACUUUGUGUUCAUCAAGGUUCUGGGGAAAGGAAGCUUCGGAAAGGUGAUGCUGGCGGAGCUGAAAGGCAGCGACGAGGUCUUCGCCGUCAAGGUGCUGAAGAAAGACGUGAUCCUGCAGGACGACGACGUGGACUGCACCCUGACGGAGAAACGCAUCCUGGCCCUCGCCAGAAAACACCCGUACCUGACGCAACUCUUCUGCUGCUUCCAGACUAAAGACCGUUUGUUCUUCGUGAUGGAGUACGUCAACGGAGGCGACCUGAUGUUUCAGAUUCAACGAUCGAGGAAGUUCGACGAGGCGCGUUCCCGAUUCUACGCCGCCGAGGUCACGUCCGCCCUGAUGUUCCUGCACCAGCAUGGAGUCAUUUACAGAGACUUGAAGUUGGACAACAUACUACUGGACGCGGAGGGUCACUGUAAACUGGCAGACUUCGGGAUGUGCAAAGAGGGAAUCCUCGACGGAGUCACCACCACCACCUUCUGCGGGACACCAGACUACAUCGCACCCGAGAUCCUCCAGGAGCUGGACUAUGGCCCCUCGGUGGACUGGUGGGCUCUGGGCGUGCUCAUGUACGAGAUGAUGGCGGGCCAGCCGCCGUUUGAAGCCGACAACGAAGACGACCUGUUUGAGUCGAUCCUCCACGAUGACGUCCUCUACCCCGUCUGGCUCAGCAAGGAGGCGGUGUCCAUUCUCCGAGCGUUCAUGACGAAGAGUCCUAACAAGCGUCUGGGCUGUGUGGUGUCUCAGGGUCUGGAGGACGCCAUUAAGCUCCACGCGUUCUUCAGAGAGAUCGACUGGACGCUGCUGGAGCAGAGGAAGCUCAGACCACCGUUCAAACCACGCAUUAAAACCAAAAGGGACGUGAACAACUUUGACCAGGACUUUACUCGUGAAGAACCCGUCCUGACGCCGGUGGAGGACAACAUCAUCAAGCAGAUCAACCAAGACGAGUUCAAAGGUUUCUCCUACUUCGGAGACGAGACUGCGGCUUAGACACACGUGCACAUACGGUUAACUUCAUGCAUACACAUAAGAUAAAAACCUUCAAGCAAAGACACAGUAUUUAAAGGAACAUGGCCUCCGGAAUGAGACCUCCUGAACUUUUGCAGAUUCUGACCUCUCCAGGAAUUAUACUAGACCGCCCCGUGUCGCUCAUCAUGGUUUCUGUGCUCUUGUUGUUUGUCCGUUUGUGUAUUUUCAGUCAAACUGUUUUGACCGAGCUGCAUGCGAGUGCAGUUCAGACGCUGUAAGAAACGCACCCAGUUACCCCGAGAGUACGUCACAAGGUUUUUGUGAACAAAAGCUGCGCUGCAAACCAAAGCCCGCGCCGCGUUUUCAGUGUUUUGAAGGAGUUGAACGUGGGCUGUUAGUGUGCGUGAGAGAAAAGGUCAUGUGUGUACACGAGUGCAUGCGUGUGUAGUUUCGCACAUCUCGAAAGAGAAAGGCUGUCAUGUCCGUACACGCUGUGCUGUAUCCUGUGUCUAUCUGUGUUUUAAAGAAUGUUUUUUCUUCCCUAAACUUGUAUGUGAAUGAAAAAACAAUUGAACUAAUGAUUGUAUUUAAAGAAAAAACAGUAUGUUACUCAUAAUAAAAAGAGACGUCACAAGGAGACGCAAGAAAUCAAAGACUUUUCUGACGAGAUCAUGAGGAAAUAAGAGCUUUAUUUUUAAUUUAAGUCAAAACUGGCAAAUUAGACGCAAAGUUAAGAAGAUGCACCGUGACAGCGACACUUUGGCUUUUUGAAAUUUACUUUAGUUUCAUCUCAGCAGUUAUUUUCUCACUGUAGAGAGAAGGUCGGGCUGUUUUUCCUUCUCUCUCCUUAUUUUAGCUCGUUGGCAUCGAUGGUCCCAUUAGAAAAGAAAUGGUUCCAUUAGCCGCCUGCUAACACGCCCACAGUUGUAUCAUUGUCACAGUGUGUGUGUGUGUGUGUGUGUGUGUGUGUGUGUGUGUGUGUGUGUGUGUGUGUGUGUGUGUGUGUGAGUGUGUAGUAGCUGUGCACUGGACCUACAGUCUCCAACAUCACAAACCAAACUCCCAUGAUUCCACUUUAAAGUCGUGGGUCAAACACAGUGGUGAAUGUGUGAUAACUGAAUGUAUUCGCUCUGCAGUGUGUGUGUGUGUGUGUGUGUGUGUGUCUACAUACUGUACAUUUAGAGCUCAUGUAUUACUUUUUUAUCCUUGUGUUGUUUUUACUGGAUCCUCUGAUGUUUCCAGAAUCCUUCAGAUUUCACGUUGACGUGGUGAAACCCACCCUCUGACCCUCUGACCCUCUUUCUCCACUUCUCUGUACGACCUGUCCGUGACUUUCAUUCUGAACUCAACAGAAUCCAAUCAUCUUCAUGAAAAGUCCAUGUGCAAUAUUUGUUAUUUUCUUUUUUAUCCGAUCUUCGUUUGUUUCUUCCUCUUUCUUUCUCUCUCAUCUCCUCCCCAGACACGUUCAGGUACAAAGUGGACAAACAGUUUGUCUCAUUUCAUAAUUAUUACACAUCAGUAUGAACAGCAGAACAAAGACCAACUUCCACAACAUCUUUCCAUGAGUUCAUUCCUCUUCUCUUCUUGGUCAUUUAAUUUCAAUGUAAUAAAAAAAACUCUUAAACCGAUCUUUACACUCUGAGCCCGAACAGGACGUCCUCUCCCAGACGUCCUCGCUCACUGAACGCCGAACGCUCCGAAUGUUCCGCUGACAAUCCCUUUAGUUUUAAUGUUUAACUCCAACCUGCUUCAUGUAAGAAGCUUGUGUUUCUGGUCUCUCUCUCUCUCCAGUGAUGAGUGAAAGGUGUUGGAUGACAUGUGAUCGACAGUAUUAUGAUUUUAACUGACACUUCUUCCUCCUCGGGUCGGAUGAUGCAGGAUUUCGUUGGUUUUGUUUUUCCGGACCCUGUAUUUGUGAAGCUUUGUUUGUACAUUUCGUUGUCUGUGGUUUUGUUCCUGUAUGAAUCAUUUCCACGCCUUACAUGUGUGUUUGUGUUAUGUUGUUUUUUUUUUGCGCUGUGUGCCAAAUGUACUGUACUUUAAAAGGAUGUGAAGUUGUAUUGUUUUAGUUUUUUGAAAUGAAUUAAAUAUCAUGAUGGCAGAAAGAAAA